AUGGGUGACCGCACCGCCUUCUUCUAUGGUAUGCAUCCAGCCCAUCCCACUAUACUGAACACACAGCUAAUGUGUUCAUUGCAGAUGGUCCCGAGAGUGCUCUAUCGCGUCUGCUACAACGACGAGAACGCAGACCAAGACCCCGUUAAGAAACUCCUCACCUCGCAACUCACCAUCCGCCCCGCGCUCCUCCGCGAUUUCUGUCGACACCGAGUGCGCGGCGUGGAUUACCCAGGUAUCAUACCACAGGGAGGACACACGGUGCAGGGCACGUUUGUGACUGGUCUGAGCGACGCGGAUAUUUUCCACUUGGACGUGUUCGAGGGCAGCGAAUAUACGAGGAAGGGCGUGAAGGUUGAGUUGUCGGACGGCCAGCAGCGUGAUGCGGAGACGUAUGUGUAUACGGCAGGGGACGAAAGCUUGGAGAAGAGGGAGUGGGAUUUCGAGGAGUUUUGCAGGGAGAAGCUGCAUAGGUGGGUGGAUGAUAGCGAUGAGUAUCGAGAGGUUGAUGAGGCUGUUGCUUUGGGUGGUAAUGAUCCUACUGGUGGACGGGGGGUUCGGAAAGAAUCGAGUAAGUCUGGUGAGGGGGAGGUUUUGAAGAGUGCGGUUUGA